AUGUCAUAUAGGUCGUCUUUACAAAGCUAUCAGAAUAAACCAUUUAAGGCUCCUAAAAUGGCGGGUAAAUUAUCAUCACAAUGUGAAGUGGACAAUAUCUCUUCUCAGGGCCAGGAUGCAAAAUAUGUAGUACCGAUAACGAUAUCCGAGACCAAUGCUAAGUCUGAAGUUGAACAGACUAAAAAACGCAAAUUGAAUGCUCGAUUGUACAUGAUAACAUUUAGGAAGAGCAGUACCAAGAAGAACAAGACGUGGGAUGGUGAUGGCUAUGGACUCAUAUCAGCUAGUGAGGAACACAUAACGUUAUACAACGAGGGUGGAAAACGUCUAGGCACACAUCCGUGGUAUCUCAAUAAAGAUAUGAGCGAUCUGAUCUUGAAGUGCGGUUCAGGCUGGGAAUGUCAGUUGGAUUAUGAGAUCACAGAUACGAAGGAAUACGCUGAUACUUUACGGCUUUUAAAACCACAAGGCUCAAUAUCUGACUCCGAUAAAGAAGGCUUGCAUAUUGCGCGACGUAAUCCCACAGCAUUUCCUAGCCUUAGCGGUCCAAAAGACGCCAAUGUCCCAACCAGAGUCCCCAUAUCUAAAUUAUUCACUCCAACAAUUGAAACCAAAUUUAGGUCUGUACUUAAACAAUCAGAGUCAACUGCAGCACUGACAAGCAAUAGCUCUCUUAGAAAUGGUGAUAAAACUUACCAGGCUCUCUUUGACAAAACGAAAAUAGAAAACCCGCUAGUUAUGAACAGAGCAGUUGAUGAUGAGGUGGAAAUUAUUGUUGAUCCACUACUUUCAAAAACCUUGAGGCCACAUCAAAGAAUUGGUGUUAAAUUUAUGUAUGAUUGCAUUAGAGGGUUGUCGAGGCCAGAAAAUGACGAUGUGCAAAAGGAUAUUACAUUAGAAUACGAUGGUGAUAUUAAAGGGUGUUUAUUGGCUGAUGAAAUGGGAUUAGGGAAGACAUAUAUGACCAUAACAUUGAUAUGGACGCUGUUAAAACAACACCCAAAGCCUUCAAAUGUACCGUGUUCGCAGAGUGGAGUAGCAUUGCAAGGAAUGUGCCACAAAAUACUCGUUGUAUGUCCCGUAACUUUAAUAGGUAAUUGGAAGAAGGAAUUUACAAAAUGGCUACCAUUGAACAAGAUUGGUGUUCUGACACUAAGCAACAAAAACACGCCAGAGAAGGAUAAAUCUGACGUAAGGAAUUUCCUAAGAGUACAGAGAACCUACCAUGUAUUGAUUCUUGGUUAUGAAAAAUUGUUGGCCGUGGUUUCUGAAUUGGAACAAGGAAAGAAUAAACUAGGACUUUUGGUAUGUGAUGAAGGACAUAGACUGAAAAAUGCAAAUUCUAAGAUUUUGAAGUGUUUGACUGAUUUAGAUAUCGACAGGAAAGUAAUUUUAACAGGUACACCAAUACAAAAUGAUUUAAAUGAAUUUUACACUAUCAUUAACUUUAUCAAUCCAGGCAUAUUGGGUUCAUUCUCAUGUUUCAAAAGAACAUAUAUCAAUCCUAUAACUAGGGCAAGAGAUGUUAACAAUAGAUUUAGUGAAAAGAUACAAUCUUUGGGUGAGUCGAAAUCCCAGGAUUUGAUAGAAAUUACCAAAAGGUUUACUUUAAGAAGAACUAGCUCUAUUAUUGCAAACUAUUUACCUCCCAAAACAGACCUAGUAAUUUUUUGUAAACCAACAGUGCAUCAGAUUGAAACCUUCAAAAUGUUAUUAUUAGCAGGCCAGAUAGAUUUUCAAAGACUACAAACCUCAUCAUCAUUAGGUCUAAUUACACUUUUUAAAAAAGUAUGCAAUUCUCCAAGUUUAAUAAGUUCAGACCCUUAUUAUCAAAACACAAUCCAAAACCAUGGAAAAUUUGCAAAAUUAGUGAACUCCAUAGAUUCAGGAAAACUAAAGGUUUUAAUGUCAUUGUUAAGUCAUAUUAGGAACAAUACCGACGGUGAAAAGGUUGUUAUUGUUUCUAAUUAUACCCAAACGUUAGAUAUUAUCCAAGGAUUAAUGGCCUCAUCAAGUCUCUCAUUUGUACGGCUUGAUGGAUCUACUCCAGCUAAAGAGCGUGACUCUAUCGUUAGCUUGUUCAAUUCAAGCCCCAAUGUAUUUGGCUUUCUGCUCAGCGCCAAAUCUGGGGGCGUGGGGCUAAAUUUAAUUGGUGCAUCUCGGCUAAUAUUAUUUGAUAAUGAUUGGAAUCCAUCUGUGGAUCUUCAAGCUAUGUCAAGAAUUCAUAGAGAUGGUCAAAAAAGGCCAUGCUUCAUUUAUAGACUUGUCACUACAGGCUGUAUUGACGAGAAAAUCUUCCAAAGACAAUUAAUGAAGAAUAAUUUGAGCAAGAAGUUCUUAGACAAUCAUUUAGACGAAAAGACUAACGAUAAUUUAUUCGAGAAAGAAGAUUUAAAAGAUUUAUUUACUAUCCAGACGGCGACAAAAUGUAAUACGCAUGAUCUUAUUUGUUCAUGUCCGGGACUUGGGCAUCAGUUCGAGGAAAAAGACCUUUGCAAGCCUCACUCUGCUGAUAAAGAAAGUACUAGCGAAGUUAAUACGGAUGGUUGGAUGUGUGCAUCUGACUUCAAAGAUAUGGUAGAAGAGCAUCAAAAAGAAGCGUCAGCCUUAAAGAACGAAUUAAUGAGAAAGUGUCUAGUUGGCUAUAGGCAUAUAAACCCUGAAUUAAUUGCGGAUCUCAGAGAUCCAAUCAUUGAAAGAACAUUAGUCGAUCUCCCUAAUGUUAUGACUUUUGCAUUUGUGUGUUCAAGUAUAGAAUGA